AGCACUGCAGUUGUCGUGACACAUUGUAUCGUAUUGUGUCGCAAUAACAUCCCGAAGCUCCUCCUGAAGAGACGAAAGUUAAAGAAGCGGUUUGCCAGCUCGAAAUACGGUUAAACAAAACCGAUUCGUGGACGCCAUUCGUACGUGUGCCAUGUAAAACCGCGAAGAACCGCGUGUGCUGUUAACUGCUGGACGAUUUCGACUGAGAAAGUCUUACUUUCUGUAGCCUUCCGGUUUCUCUUCUGCUUGCGGUAUCUUGCCUUUUUUUUUCUCUUGAAUUCAGUGCAGAUAUGCGUUAAGUGUGCCCCGUGUCAGCGGGAGUCUCAUUUUCGAGAAUAUCCUUUCUAGUUUCGGUGAUGGAUUAAAGAAAACGUGUUACAAUCAUCGAUCUCAGGAAUCAAGAAACCGACUAAGAGCCACGAAAAUGCCGAUAGAAUUAUUGGACCGACUUCCAAUUCCUAAUCUACGGGUAUACACGGCGAUCAGCUUCGCUGUGUUAUCCUGUUCCGUGUACUAUGCCGUACAAAUCAUCAAGGACCCGGCAUGGAAGAGCAACCACACAUAUGUGGAGCCUGAGAAUGAGUCAACCAGCGGCAUCGAUGUAGAUCCGCCGAAUUUCGUGAUACAUCUGAAGGAAGUGCUCAAAUACAUGCUCGACGAGCCAAUCUGCAUCUGGACUCUGAUCAACAUGGCGUACUGUGUGUUGAUCUUGCUUGGCAAAACGAUCCAGAAGCUCGUGUUCGGCGAGCUCCGAGCCUCUGAGAGGCAACACCUGAAGGAUAAGUUCUGGAACUUCGUCUUCUACAAAUUCAUCUUCGUGUUCGGCGUACUGAAUGUGCAGUACAUGGAAGAAGUGGUUCUCUGGUGGGCCUGGUUCACCGCGCUUGGUUUCCUAAGUUUGCUCAGCCAGCUCUGCAAGGAUCGAUUCGAAUAUUUAUCUUUUUCACCAACAACACCAGGAUGGAGUCAUGCAAGGCUACUAGGCCUUCUUGCUGCAAUACUUGCAUUAUCCUCCUUCAUGUUACUCCUGUGUACAGCUGCAGCCUUCUUCUUCGUUUCUUUCAAUACUUUUGUCUUUACUGCAGCUGAGUGUAUUCUGCUAGGUGUCAGAACAAUUCAUGUAAUGGUGCGAUACAUUAUUCAUCUAUAUGACACUCGAGGAGCUGGAAGUCCUUCACAACAAUCUUGGGACAAAAGAGGUCCUUUAACAUACUAUACAGAUCUAGCAGCAGAAUUAAUAGUACUGGCUGUAGAUUUUCUCCACCAUGUUCACAUGCUAAUUUGGAGUAAUAUCUUACUGAGCAUGGCCUCCCUAGUAAUCUGUAUGCAGCUAAGAUAUCUUUUCUAUGAAAUACAACGCAAAAUUACAAAGCACAGAAACUAUCUUGCUGUGCUAAAUCGGAUGGAACAGAAUUACCCAAUGGCAAAUCCAGAAGAGUUAGCAGGAAACUCAGACAACUGUGCAAUAUGUUGGGAAAAAAUGGAAAGUGCUCGAAAACUACCUUGUGGUCAUCUCUUCCACAAUUCUUGUUUACAGUCUUGGUUAGAACAAGAUACUUCUUGCCCAACUUGUAGACUUGCCCUAAGCAUGCAACCCAGCCAUAGAGAAAACACAGAAGAGCUAACUACUGAAUCACAGACACCAGCUAGACGAAAUGAAAACCACUUUUUCCAUUUCGAUGGCUCAAGAUAUGUCUCUUGGUUACCAAGCUUUUCUGUUGAAGUAUCUCAUAAUAGGCUACGUGGAAAUAUUUCUACCAUUGCACAUAACAACUCGCAAAUGGAUGCCAUGACUAGACAGGUGCAACAGCUGUUUCCAAAUUUCCCGCGCAAUCUAAUUGUAGAAGAUCUCAGAAUGACAAGAUCGGUCGAAUGGACAGUUGAAAAUAUCCUCGACAGGGUGUUAAUAUCGCCUCAUCAUUUAAUGGAAGAACCGCAAUCGGAAUCCGUCCCUCAAAUUCAUACCAACACCACUGAGAUUAGUGUUUCCUUGAAUACAGCUUCAUCAACGCCGCUACCCUCAGAUCCAAGAUUUGACAUUCCUCUCGCUGAUAGCGGCGAAGAGCCUUCCAGCCUAGGAGGACGUUUUUCGAAAUCAUCGUCCGAAAGAGAACAAAUCCUACAGCGUCGCAAAGAGCUUAUGAGACUCGCUGCUAAGAGGAGAUAUUUCGAGAAACGUCAAAAAAAGCAUGAAGCCGACCAACCUGUUUCUAUUGCCACCUCUUAAGAUAGGAAAAGCAGAGAGAUAUAUGUCGAUAAAAAUUUUGAUUUUUCGUGCUUCGUAGCGGCCAUCUUCUUCGAAGAAGAGUAUAACGACUGAUUUCCUUGGGUACACGU